AUGAAGCAAGUGUCCUCUCGGGCCUGUCGCGCCAUCCUUUCCAGCAGCGUCGACGCACCGCAUAUCGGGAAAGUUUCCAUCAUUGAGCUAAAUAAUCCCAAGACGAGGAACGCAAUCUCAUGGGAAAUGCUGAACGAAUUGGACAGGGAGCUGGAUCGCGUCUACGCCAUGGCAAGUAGGAGUGAAGUGAGGGCUGUCGUCAUCGCGAGCACACACGACAAGGUUUUUUGCGCCGGAGCAGAUCUCAAAGAGCGGCAGAACAUGACCCACGACGAGGCUCAGCAAUUCUUGACUGAGCUCCGGCGCGUCUUCUCCAAGCUAGAGGGACUGCCGGUCCCGUCCAUUGCUUGCGUGUCUGGUCUGGCGCUCGGCGGCGGCCUGGAGCUCGCUUUGUGCUGCCAUCUCCGAGUCUUCUCCGGCAACGCCGUCGUCGGCUUGCCGGAAACCAGACUCGCCAUCAUCCCCGGCGCCGGCGGGACAUACCGACUACCACGGGUGGUCGGCCCGUCCCACGCCCUCGAUAUGAUUCUCACCGGCCGCCGGGUGUCGGCCGUGGAGGCAGCGCGUAUGGGCUUGUGCAACCGUCUUGUCUUCUCUGGCGAAAGCGACUGUGCCGAUCUAGACGUCGUCAGAAAGCUUACACUCGCGACCGCCCUGUCGUUGGCCCGAGACAUUAGCGCGGGAGGACCCAUCGCCAUCCGCGCCGCGUUGACCGCGCUGGCGGUGCCCCACGAAGAAGCUGAAAAUGACGCGUAUGCCACCGUCUUGGGGACCUGUGACCGUCUCGCGGCCUUGCAUGCUUUCCAGACAAAAGGUUCUCCGCAAUAUCUUGGAGUAUAA